AUGAACGUUGCGGCUGUGCAUGAAUGCCUUAUCCUGGAGGUCUUUCUCACCGAAGCGGACUCCGACGGCAUUGAUGUUGUCAUGAACAGCUUGCAUCAGGACGACUACCUCUACCGGUCCCUUGCUCUUCUGCGAAAGGGCGGGCGAUUCAUUGACAUCGGCACAUGUGGUACGGGGAAUCGUCAGCAGAUCCUCCAAGCCAGGCCAGAUGUUCAGUACCACCAGGUGGAAGCGCAUACCAUGAUGUCGAAGGAGCCAUGGCAUUACAAUGCCUACAUGCAGCGCCUCAUCAGCCGGAUUGAGCAAGGUGGAGUGAACCCCAUGAACAUGCAGGUCUUCUGCAAUUUGCAAUCACUUGCAAAGGCACUGCAAUGCCUGGAGAGGUCCCAAAGCAUCGGACAAGUCGUCAUGACUCAGCCAAGUGUGCUCAGUCUGAAGCCGCAGUCCGAUUAUGUCUUAAGCGGUGGAAUGGGAGCACACGCGAUUGCAAUUGCGCAGUACCUGAUGGAGGAAGGUGCAAAGUCAAUCACCUUGUUGUCAAAGAGCGGCCGGCCCUCCCCAAGCGUCGUUGAGCUGUGGCAAUCUUUGAACGAUUCCAGUGUCCAGCUUCAUGCCAUCUCUUGUGACAUCGCUAUGAUGGAUGAUGUGCAUGCUUUGGGCUGUCAGCUCCGUUCCAGGGAAACAGAGAUUGCAGGCCUCUUCCACCUUGCCGAGGCUACAGACGAUGCCGUAGUGCCUAACGUUGUUCGGGACCACUUGGAGCGGUCUUUUUCGACGACAGUGUGGGGGGCCAGACAUUUGAAUCUCUUGAAGCACGGGGCUGCAACAUCCUGGGACUUCUCCAUGCUCGUCUCAUUCGGCUCAUCUUUGCUAACGGCUGCAGGACAAGCAAGCAAUGCCGCAGCCUGUGCAGCAUUGGAUGGCCAAGCCCGGUACUGGAAGAAGGCCCUUGGACAGCGAGUUAUUUCCGUCCAGUGGAGUUCAUUGAAAGAUGAGGUGGGCAUGGUCAACAUGUGCCUUCAUCCUAGAUCCGAAGCCAACUUAGCCGUUCAGUUGGGAAUGGCAGCCAUGGCUGGAUGGCUGAGGACCUAUCUGCGCAUUUUCUCGGGCACGGAUUUGCACAAGAGGGCUGGAUCGACCUCAAUGACCGGCCAUGCAUUGGAUCUAGCAGCCAUAAACCAGCUCCCUGGUCUUAAACAUCACAUCCGCUAUGUUGGUUUGGACGAGUAUCAGAUGUAUUUCAGAUUGCGGUAUGACUUCAUCGUGAGGGAGAAGCAGUGGCUUCCUGACAACCCCAAUGAAGUCGACGUGGAGAUGGUGGAUGCAUUGCCUGAUGUCCAUCAUUUAUUAGUUUUCACCAAGGAUGAGCUUGGACAGCCACUGCAACUUAUUGGAUCAUUGCGGCUCGGAUUUACAGCAAUCCUAGAACAUACCCUGGCAGGAAGUCGGUCAAUGCAGCAAUUUCUCACGACCUCUGACAGGUUGCAGCUGCAAAAGUUCUUUCAGCAAGGAGACGUUCUUGAAGUCUCACGGUUAUGCGUCACCAAAGACGCGGAUGCUGCUGAACGCAAGGAUGCUAUGAUGACCGCACAGCUAAUAUCAGUGUUCUCGAAGACCUACUGCACACCAUCGCCCAGGUUUGUGCUGUUUCAGGCCUUCCAGCACGAAGCUGAGAUCUUCACCACGGAGUUGGGCCCAGGAGUUGCAUGUGUGUUUCGGACCGACACGAACGGUUUGAUUACAUCUGUCUUCAGCAUGAGAUGGUCGGGCUGCAAGAAGUUGUGUCCACAUCAGCUGAAUGUUAGGCACUCUGUACCGUUUUUCACAGCGUUUGACAUCGCAGCCAUGAGCGAUGUUGACGAUGACAUCAAGAAGCGUUCCACGUCCAGAAAUGCUGUCCAGGAGGGCCUUAGUUGGAAAGAUAUCGCAUGGUUAAUGUUAUCUGACAUUGUUGGAACGUCAGUAUUGACACUGAACGGUGUUGCCGCCAAAUUGGGAUGGGUGUUGACGAUAACUUUCAUUGGCGGGCUUUUCCCAGUGGCUCUUUACUCUUCCUUGCUCAUGAGCAGGACGCGUGGUAUAUUGAGUCGAAUGUUUGGUGCCGACAAGACAGUUGGUCUCGGCACCAUGGGAGAGAUAGCAGCUUGUGUUUUCGACUCCCAGCGAGCGGGGCAGAUAGUCAUCAUUAUUGUUUAUGGCUACACUGCUUUGGGCCAAGCUUCUUACAUGCUAGUCAUGGGACGAGCGCUUCAGAUGUCGCUCUAUGACUUGCCGCUCUGCCUACCUGCAGCGGUCCUUUUAACUAUUGUGGCCCUGGUGGUUCCAAUUUUCGGAGUUCGGAAGCUCAGCGAGUCCGUGCCACUUGCUUUCUUUAACUCGCUGCUCAUCGUAGCUGUGAUAGUUCUUGCUCUGUACCGCGCCGGAUCAACCACGCCACCAUGUCCCCACACCUUCUAUUUUGAUCCAGGUUUGAGUGGAAUGGUUGUAUUGGGCGCUGCUACUAAUGUUGUUUACAGCUAUGCCGGGCAGUGGAUGUACUUUGAACUGAUGGACACGAUGGCAGCUCCGGAGGACUUCCCAAAGUCCUUCUCCAUUGCAGGUCCUUUCAUGCUCAUCUCGUACCUGGCCGUGGCCUGCCUGGGGUAUGGCUUCGGAUCGGGUUCCGGCGACUUGAUCGCGGGCAUGCCCCAUGGUCCCAUGCUCCAGGCUGCGGCGGCAAUGCUCUUCAUUCACGUCCUGAUCGUCUACUUGAUCAAAAGUGUCGUGUUGGUUCACUUCUUGCAUGGAUGCUGGAAGCCGAACCAGGUGGACGCACGGGGACUCCGCUCGUACGUUCAGCACGGAGGUUUAGGCGUCCUUCUCCUUUUGAUGGGCUUCGUUGUGUCCAACAUGGUGCCCUUUUUCUCCCAGCUGCUGGGCAUCAUCGGAGGCCUUUUCGCAGGACCGAUUGGGUUCCUCUUUCCGAUCACCUUCUUUCUCUUGGCACGAGGACGCGAGGUUCUUGCCGGAAGGGAGGAGCAUGAAAGUCUGCCUAUGGAACUGCAGGCAUCUUCAGAAGAAGUGGCCAUGUGCGGUGGUGAUGAUGAUAAAGAGGAAAGCACAGAAACAAGUUCCUCUGCAAGCUACGAGACUGAACUGGGUGGUGGAAGAUGCAGGUACCUGGUGAUCGGUUUCAACUCGCUUCCGCUCUGGGAGCGGACUACGAUCGUGGGUACGGUGUUGUUCAUCGUAGCCACGAUGGUGUUUGGAGUUGCUGACGAGGUCUUCGAGGUAAUAGAGAUGUGGGACCGCUUGGGAGCUCCUUUCCAGUGCCACCACCUGCAGCCACCGUCGCCGAGCUGCAGUGCCGAUGUCUGUUCCAUCAACUCAAGCCAACGGAGCACCAAGGAGUCGCCCCACAUGCGCUGGCUGAGAGUCCGCUUGGUGUUACAAGCUGGCCUCGAAACUACCUGUGCAGAGCUCCGUCAUGCCCUCUCGGGCAUAGGCUCGCGGGGGACCGGUCUCCGGCGAAACAGCUCGUGCUGCGUUGUUUGUGCCUGCUACUGUGAUCGAUGA